GAUUGGAAGCUACUCCAAGAAACAGGUCGGGCCAAAGAGCCCAGCUUCAGGGAGGAAAGAGGAAGGACACAGGAAGGAAUGGGAAGGGACUAAUGAAGGGAUUGGUUCUGUGGGGAGCCCUUUGUGUUUAACACCUGGGACUUGUCCCAGUUCAGACUCUCAUUCCUCAAAGAACCGGUUUCAGUUCCAGCCAUGCUAGCUGCUGCGGGCUCCCUGGUGGCUGCUGUCUGGGCUGAGCUCCAUCUCAGGACUCUGCUGCUGGCUGCUGUCACCUUUCUGUUCCUGGCUGACUACCUCAAAAAUCGGCGCCCCAAGAACUACCCACCGGGUCCGAGGGGUCUGCCCUUCGUGGGCAGCAUUUUCCAGUUGGACUUUGAGAAGCCCCACCUCUCAAUACAGCCGUUUGUGAAGAAAUAUUGGAACAUUCUUAGCCUGAAUUUUGGUAACGUAACUUCUGUGGUCGUAACUGGACUCCCCUUAAUCAAAAAAGUCUUUACUCACAUGGAACAAGACAUUUUGAAAUGCCCCGUCACUCCUAUCCAAGAAUGUAUCUCUAAGAACAAUGGAGUGCUCUUCUCCAGUGGCCAAACAUGGAAGGAGCAAAGAAGGUUCACUCUGAUGACCCUGAGGAAUUUUGGGUUGGGAAAGAAGAGCUUAGAGCAGUGCAUACAGGAGGAGGCCAGCUAUCUUGUGGAAGUCAUAAAAGAGGAGGAAGGACAGCCUUUCAACCCUCACUUCAGUAUCAACAAUGCAGUUUCCAAUAUCAUUUGCUCUAUCACCUUUUGGGAGCGCUUUGAGUACCAGGAUAGUCAGUUUCAGGAGAUGCUGAGGCUACUGGAUGAGGCCUUUUGUUUGCAGGCAUCACUGAUGUGCCAGACAAUACCCACGACCCUGCGCUGGGCUCUGCUCUGCAUGGCUCUCUACCCAGAAGUCCAAGAAAAAGUACAGGCUGAGAUUGACAGAGUGAUUGGCCAGAUGAGGCAAGUAAGCCUGGCUGACUGAGAGUCCACGCCUUACACCAAUAGUGUCAUCCAUGAGGUGCAGAGAAUGGGAAACAUUGUGCCCUUGAAUGUUCCCAGGGAAGUCUCAAAGGACACCAGUUUGAACGGAUUCCACUUGCCAAAGGGCACCACACUUCUAACCAACCUGACUGCACUACACAGUGACCCCAAAGAGUGGGCCACCCCGGAACUCUUCAAUUCAGAGCACUUUUUGGAGAAUGGACAGUUUAAGAAGAGAGAAUCCUUUCUCCCUUUCUCAAUGGGAAAGAGAGCCUGCCUAGGAGAACAAUUGGCCAGGUCUGAGCUAUUCAUUUUCUUCACUGUUCUUUUGCAAAACUUUACCUUCAAGCCCCCAGUCAAUGAGAAGCUGAGCCUGAAGUCCAGAAUGGGCCUCACCCUUUCCCCAGUCAGUCACCGUCUCUGUGCUGUCCCCAGACUGCGAUGCCAGAGAAGGAAAGAGAAAAAGGAAGAAAUGGUGGAUGUCCUGAAGCUUGCGGGCCUUGCUCAGAUGAGAGGAGGGUGAUGUUAGAGAAUGAAGGCGACAAGAAAU